UACCUCCUGUGGGACUCGAAGAGAAGGGCUGCGAUGGGAGACCCAGGCAGAUACCUCCAGUGCCUACGAACACUCAGGGACUAUGCAGCUAAAGGCAGCUGGGAAGCGCAGAUGGCUCUGGCUAAGGCGUGCGUGAAUGGGAACCAGUUGGGUCUGGAAGCGAAGGCCUGCAGCGACCUGGUGUCUCAGAUCUUCCAGUCCUCCUGCCCGCUCCCCAAGCAGGGCAUGUUCAUGCUGCAGAAGGGGAUGAACGACACCAUGAGGUACAUCCUUGUGGACUGGCUGGUGGAGGUGACCACAAUGAAGGAUUUCUCCAGCCUGUCCCUCCACGUGACUGUGGGGUGCGUGGACCGCUAUCUCCUGCUGCGCUCCGUCCCGAAGGCCAGGCUGCAGCUCCUGGGAAUCGCCUGCAUGGUCAUAUGCACGAGGUAUACGAGUAAAGAGAUCCUGACCAUCCGAGAAGCUGUCUGGCUCACAGACAACACCUAUAAGUACGAGGACCUGGUCAGAAUGAUGGGAGAGGUCAUCUCCGCACUGGAAGGCAGGAUCCGAACCCCCACGUUGCUGGACUAUGGGGAGGUGCUGCUGUGUCUCUCUCCGCUGGACAGGAGGAGUGAGAAUCUCUUGCACUAUAUCUGCGAGCUGUCUCUGCUCUACACCAGCCUGUCCCAGUACUCUCCUGCCCGCCUGGCUGCCGCCGCGCUGCUACUCACCAGGAUCCUGCACAGGCACGCCAACCCCUGGCCCAGCCACCUGUCCGAGUGCACAGGCUACUCUCUGCAAGACCUGGUGGACUGUGUGCUGAGCCUGUACAAGAAGUGUUUCCAUGACGAUGUUCCAAAGGACUACAGACAUGUUUCACUGACAGGUGUGACACAGCGCUUUGAGGAUGACUGCUACCAACAGAUUAGCAAGGAAAAGGUGCUGGAGUUCAGCGAGUUGUGUGUGAUCCUGGAGGUGAAAGAGGAAGAUCUGUCUGCUGUUCAGACCCUCGUGCCCCCCAGCUCCAACACUGCAGACAUGCACACCUUCCUCUCCUCCCCAGCCAGCAAGAACAAGAGGAGAAGGGAGGACGGUCUUCAGGAAGACCGGGGCAGCUUUGUGGCCACACCCACUACCGAGCUGUCCAGUCAGGAGGAAACUCUGCUGGGGGACUUCCUGGACUGGAGUCUGGACACUUCCUGUUCGGGGUACGAAGGGGACAAGGAGAGCGAAGGAGAGAAAGAGGGAGAAGUGACUGCCUCAUGUGCUGUGCUGGACUUGGUGUUUGAGGACAGCGAGCAGCACUGCCGAGCGCAGUCCAGUGAAGACGAGAGCACCUCUGAAGAGCCGGGACACGAGGAGGGGGGCUCCUCCUCCAGGACACGCGGGGUGCUGGUUUGGAGUCUCGGUGACCCCCCUGCUGACCUCAGCUCGGGGUACUCCUCUGUGAACAGUGGCAGCCCUCCAUCCUCCGCCAGCACCCUGGGCAAGCCCCUCGGCGUGUCCCUGCUGGCACCCCCCCUGGCAGCUCAGAGACACGGCCACCGGAGGCCCCUCAAGAGGAAGAACGCAGCAGAGCACAGCGGGGGAGAGAUGAACAGCGACUCUCUAAGUGUCUGAACAGACCGGAAACCAAAAACUCACGCAUCACCUUUUUUUUUUACCAACAGUAUUGUCUGAGAUAUGCCCAAAUAAGAGAAAAAUCUGAUAUUUUAGUUGUGUAACAAAUCGCAGCCUAAAUUUUGACCAUUUAGACCAAAACGUGAAAAAGCACGUUGGACAAGAGGAACCCGAAGACAAGGCUGCUUCCGUUCUGCAGCCGUCUCCCACUCUUAGUAAAACAGCACUACUCGAAACGAGAGACUGCUGGGUGUACAUCGGUAGUGGGAGACAGCUGGAGCCCAGCAUGGUCCCCAGUAUUCCGUCAUCAUGCACCGGUUCUACUGUAUAACAGUAUUAUUUCUGUAUCUGACUUGCAUGCGCCACUCAACCCUGUACAGCGUUUCUGUACAGGUUCAGAAACCUCCUUGGAUCACACACUGCACCUUUCCAGUCUUCUCUGAACACGUGCUUCAGAUGGCACCUCACUGUGCGAGGCAGCUUUUAUCUAAACCAUUUCCUGACAUACCUCUGGGGCUGUAUUCAAGGACUGCAUCAAUGGCCCUAACCAGUCAUUUUGUGUGGUUUAGAUUUUUUUCCUUUUUGUUAGGACACUGCAUGGCACUUUUUUUUUUUCUUGAAAUUCUCAGAAAAUGAGUCGGUUAAACUGUUCUGUAUUUGAGCAAGAGUCUAUGGUAUUCUGUAAAGACUGUGAUCUGCAUGCACUGGUCAUUUCGUUUGCAAACCACUGAAGGUAAAGCACAAAACGUUUACUCAUUAGCACAUGAUUUGGCAUGGAGUUUAAAAUAAAUAAAUCAAUAAAUGCACGAUCUUAAGCAUGAACUGAAAGUGCACUGCAUUUUAAAAUCUGGUACAAACUUUUUUUUUUUUUAAAUGUAAUAUUACUUUUAAUAUUUUCAGUAUAACAUUGGGGAGGGGGUCCUUGUGCAGAUGGUGUUCCCAUGUUGCACUGGAGGGACAGGGAGGGGGGUUAGAUAUAGCUAUGUAGUACAUCAAAAUAGAGAGACAAUCUGAAUGCAAUACAGGGAAUUGCUCUAUCUAUUUUUUUGUUUUUUCAAAAACUAUUUUGAAAAAUGUAUCUUGAUAUUGUGCCUUAAAAAAAAAAAAAAGGCAAUCAAAAGAUUGUCAGAAGAAUCAGAUGUAACUUUUUGGAAACUAGAAACUUUAUAGCAAAAUGCCUCCCCGCCAAAUGCAGGAGGCAUGUUGCCACACUGAUAGACAUCUCCACAGGACUGGUUACAGCUGAGCAAACCAAACACAUGCGUGUGUAUUAAUGCCAUCAAUGUGGUUUUGUUUGUUUUGUCUUUCUCUCAAUGACUGUGAACAUUGGCUUGUAAAUACUUUUAUGUUGUGUCUUGAGCAAUUUUAGAUAUAUAAAUAUAUUGUAAAUAUUACUUUGUGUCUAUUUCUUUAUUUUACACAGAGGGGGAAGGGGGGUGUCUACUUGAAAUGCUUCUAGUUGCACUGGCAAAAUCCAUGUUACUGUGUUUGGUUUUCAAUCCAUCAUUAUUGUAUUUAUUUAUUUUUUUUGCAAUGUAUCAUUUCUUAGUGUUCUGUCAAGAUGUUUGAAACAAGACUUCCUACCAAAAACCAGCUGUCAGUUAAACAUCCCAGUGCAGAGUACUUGUCACUUGUGUGGAGAAUGUACUGUACUGUUCUACAUGCAGAUCUUGUGUGGAGAAUGUACUGUACUGUUCUACAUGCAGAUCUUGUGUGGAGAAUGUACUGUACUGUUCUACAUGCAGAUCUUGUGUGGUUUAUAAAGCCAUGAGCAUGCUCUGAAAACAAACUACCCAGGGAAUUCCUAGCUGUGAUUUUUAAAAUAAAUAAUGGUAUUUCUGACAUCAAUGUGUGUUACAGAAGUGCAUUUUGAGGAGGAUUUUUUAAAUGUAUGAUGCUGUCUUGACCAUGUGAUGAUGCACAUGCGUUGACUUAUUUGAGACUGAAAUAGAGAAUCUGUUCUGAAGUGUCCUGC